AUCUAGGUAAAGUACCUUUAUGUUUAUAGCACAUAAAUACUAAAGCACAUUAGAUCUUCAUUAGCAAGGUAAAAUGUGACAAAACAAGUUUUUUCACUUCACAUUGUCACCAUGGAAAUGAGCUAGGUAGCAAAAACAGUCAAAAACAAUCAUAGUACUGUGUCCAUAAAUGUAUGCCCAUUCUUGUUUAAAUUGCAAUAAAAAUGAUAGAACAAAAGGAACAAAAAACAGUACGGGACCAAUAGGAAGAUAAGUAUUUUUUCUUUUUUUUAAUACACAAUGAAUUUAAUUAAAUACAACAUAAUUACAGAUAAUUGCUGAAGGCUAGACUGAAGGCGGGGGAGGUGUGCUUGUCACAUUGCAUUCACACUUUGAUCUGCAUGAGAAAAGGUUUUAAAAGGCUGAGUGAGUUUCACUUCUCCGGUGCAGAAUGGAAACUUUUUACUUCUCUCUAUGUUGGUCGUGCUGGAAAAAAGAGGGGGAAAUUCUACCUGGCCUGGCUUCAAAACAUGCUAAAAGACACUGGUCUGUCUCACAAGUUGGUGUGAAGUGUAGACACUUUGAGGUGUCAGGAUGGUACGGUUCAAUAUCGCCAUGAAUCAUCAGAGAACCUCUCUGCUGUGUUUCCUUACUUUCCUUCUGCUCUGGGAUUACUCUGCUAGCCAGAGAACAGUCCAAAUACAACAAGGACGGCUUUACAGAGCAAAGGGCUAUCCAGUGAUCGUAUCGUGUAAUGUGAGUGGAUAUGAAACAAACACACAACAGGAGUUUGAGUUCUCUUUCUUCAGCCCUGACAAUCCACAACAAGAAAUAAACAUAAUCAGCACAAAGGACACCAACUUUGCCUAUGCUAAAUAUGGAGGAAGAGUUAGGCAAAACGACAUUUUCAUUGACAGACGCUCCAAAGACUCAGUUUUGCUCCACAUCAGAAAACUAGUAGACGGCGAUACAGGAGAGUAUGAAUGUCAUACUCCAAACACAGAUUCAAAAUAUUUUGGAACCUACAAUGACAAAAUGAACCUUACAGUCAUUGAAGACACACUUGAAGCAACACUGGGUAAAGAGACUCUUAAUAAAUUUGAAGGGGACCCUCUGCAGUUGAAAUGUGAGGUAUCAAAACAAACCCUCCAGCACACACACAUAUCAGUGACCUGGUACCUUAAUAAAACACCGGAUCUGAGAGUUCCAAUCAUCUCACUGAUGAGAGAUUUUGUCUUGAACCCUGGAAGUGAAUACAGAGCCAGGUAUGAAGCAGGACACAUCGGAUUGGAUAAGAUCGGGGAGACAACCUACAGGCUGAGUAUCUCCCAGCUGCAGCAAUCAGACCAGGGGCAGAUCUACUGUGAAGCCGGCGAGUGGAUCCAAGAUCCGGACAGAUCCUGGUACCAAAUUGCUUCAAAAACAACAGCAGCCACUACUGUUAAUGUUCAGAGUGUGGGGAAAGAUUUCAAUACACAGAUUGUGACAAACCAAGGACCACUUACAGAAGGAGACACUUUAGAGAUAAGAUGCACAGUGGAAGCCCAAAAUAUUCCAGACCGCUACUUCUCAGUGGUUUGGUUAAGAAACAAUGAGAAAAUGGCCAGCUUCGGACCCACUGGUGUACUGGACAUUGGGGAUAGCUACACAACCAGAGAGAGCAAUAGGCAGGUGAAAGUCGUCAAAAAAAGCAACAGCGACUACUUAUUUAUAGCCUACCAUGUCAGCAAAGAGGACAGUGGAACAUAUCAAUGCAGAGUUACUGAAAUGGAGAAAGGAUCAGGUGAAAAUUUCAUAAGCAAGACACCAAAAUCCUCAUCUGAAGUAGUGCUUGAUAUCCGCUCUUUACCGAGCAACUUAAGUGUUGUUGUUUCAAGUAACACAGUUGAUAUUACUGAAGGAGAUUCUCUUCAUUUUGACUGCAAGGUGACUGGUUCACAAGGGCAUCUCUCAGUCACCUGGCGACUCAGCCAGGGUCAUGAUAUCAUUACCCUGAACCAGAUUGGUGUGCUACAGCCUGGCAGCUCAUACCAGGAGCGCAUUAGGAGUGGAGACAUCCGCGUGGACAGAGUAAGCCAGGAGCUAUUCACCCUGGAGAUUUCCAACUCCCUGGCUUCAGACCAGGGCACAUACAUGUGCGUUGUGACAGAGUGUACUAUCGAGGCCAAUGGCAAAUGGAAGCAAGAGGAAAGCAAGUUCCACGAAGUUGCUGUUACAAUAAACUUGCUAAGGUCAGUCCUAACUGCAGAGCUGAAGAGUCGCACAAUAAAUGUCAAAGACACUGAAACUAUAACUCUGCAAUGCAAAGUCAAAGGACCCAAGGUUCCACUAACCAUUACCUGGACAUUCAUGGCCAAGGGGUCACAAGCAGAGAACAUAGUGGUGAUCCACUAUGAUGGUAAAAUCACCUGGGGGGAAAAAACCAGUAACUUUAAAUUCAAAACCAUAGUGGAGAAGACAGAAAGUGACUCUAAUUUAAAAAUCACCAGGGCCAGCUCAACAGAGAUGGGAAAAUAUCAAUGUGUGGCAGAGGCGUGGAUAAAUGAAGUACAGUUGGCAAAUGUUUAUUCCAAUGAAUUAGAAGUGAUUGUCAGUAAACCAGUCAGCAAGCUGUCCAUCUCCAGUGAGCCUAUGACUAUUAAAAGUAAAGUGAAUGCUAAUGUGGAGAUAGAAUGUAAGAUUACAGCCAGUACCUAUCAGGACUCCCAGUUUGAAGUGUCCUGGUAUGCCAGUAAGUAUGACGAGGAGCUCAGCAAUAAAACAAUUCUGAAAACCGACCGCAACAACAUCCUAAUGCCAGAAGAACUGAUGAAUUCACACGAGAUGAAGAAUAAAUACCAAAGCAAGAGGUGCUCCAGAAGUUCCUACAAGCUGAGCAUUCUGCAGACUGAUCUUACUGACUCUGGAAAAUACUACUGUGUUGUAGAAGAGUGGUUGCAGGAUGCCAACAACAUCUGGUACUCUCUGGACAAAAAGAGCGUUGAAAUAGAAGUCGACAUUGCAUCUAUAGAAAAUAAGUUACAAGUCUCAAAAACCAACGCCACUAUGAUAGUCCAUGAAAACAAGGAAUUUGAGGUUAACUGCACCUUCAGCAGUGAAGUUCAGUCAGCUUCUCAGUUCUCUGUUACUUGGUAUUAUCAGAAUUCCAGUUAUACCAAGAAACCCCUUCUGAAACUUAAGCACAAUUCUAUGUUUGAAUUUCUGGGAGGAGACAAAGAACUGAUGAAGAGAAUGCAGUUCUACAGUCCUUCUGUUGGGACUUACAGUUUGGUGAUACAGAAGGCUGAUGUUGGUGACAGUGGCAUUUACUCAUGCCAGGUAGAUGAGUGGAUAAUGAACUCCAAGAAUCAAUUGCAUUUCCAAUCUAGUGAUGUAUCGGGCUUCACUAAUGUUGAAAUACAUUAUCCAGAGAAGAAACUGCAUGUGCAUAAAAGUGAUGUAAGCAUCUCCUUAGUGGAGAAGCAGGGUAGCUUUAAACUGAAGUGCAGCAUUGACUCCAUCUCAAGCAGAGAGUCCACGUUUGAGGUAACCUGGUGGAAGAGGACUGAGCAAGGAGAGAACCAGGCCAUUUUUAUAGCACAGCGCAAUUCUACAUUACGUUUCCUAAAUGGGACCAAGAGCAUCUUACUGUUCGAAAGACCCACUGCCAAGCUGUAUACCCUAACUGUGCAAAGGGCAGAAGUUACGGACAGUGGGAGCUAUUACUGCCGCGUGAAGGAGUUGCUGCUCUCCCCAAGAAACCAGUGGCAUGAAAUUGCAGCAGAUACUUCUGGAACUUCAACAGUUGACAUUAAGCAAGAAGAGCACAGCAUCUUCUCUACAGUCUGCACCUCACAGUCUCUGUUCAGCUUUGUCUUCAUCUACCCCUUCAUCGUUAUUGUGCUUCUGAUAAUGGUCAUGUUAUAUUUAUAUUACAAGUUAUGGAAAGCGGAGGGCACUCACAAGUCAUGCAAGGAAAAUGGCCCAUCUCUCUGGCCAGAAAGGGAUCCACUUAAAUAUUUCAAGGAGAUAGAUGCCCAAGAUGAAAAUCCAAACGGUGGUGAUGUAGAAAUGAACAGUGGCACGCGAGAAUUAACUAACUUCCUCAGCUUUGAUUCGGAAAGGAGUAACAAUUCACAAAAAGUGUCCUAAAAAACAUGCAUCAAGUUAUUGCAGUAUUUGUUUCUGAUAUACAGCACAUGAAGACUACACAAGGGACUGAUACGUUUAGAAAAAAAGAGAGAAAAGAAAAAAGAAAAAGAACUUGGAUAGUAUACUGCAUUGUUAUCUUUGAAUUGAUCCCUAACUUUAUAUGUUUACAGCUGGUUUCACAGGCCCUGAUGAGCUCAAACCUUGGAUUACUUUACCUAAAUUUACAUUGGCUAGUCAACAAUUAGUGCAAACCGGGGUCUGUGAAACUAGUCGUAAAUUAUUAAAUAUUCAAUAUACCAAAAAGUGUAUUGGUCUUUCGACAUACUUCCCUUUUCUUUUAUACAAGUGAAUUGUAUUUGUAUAUUUAAUAGCGCCAAAGCCUUAAGUCAAAAAUAGAUUUAAAAAAAGCUUUUGGGUCAUCUUAAGUGUGUCACUGUAUUUAUAUUACCUUAUCAGAGCAAAUACUGUUAAUUACUUCCUGUCAGAAACUCCAAACAAGCUUUUGUAUGUUUUCAAUGAAGGGGAAUUUUACAAGUUUAAUAUACAAUAUACUGUAUAUUAAUAAAUGGUGGUUUGUGUCAAAAUGUGCUUCUUAUGUACAUGGUUUAACGGUACUUAACUUUUCAAGAUAGAUCAUCAGAUAGAUUUCAUAUUGAGGCCUUUUAAAACUGUUGUUUUGUUCCUUUUGAUAACUUUUUGAAGUACUUUUCAUUUAUAUUUUUAUAAAAUGUCUUUUUUUUAAUUUUAAUUAAUUUAGUAGUAGGCCAAUUGUGUGCCACCCCCUGGGAGCUCCCAUCCACUCCGGUAAACCAGAUGCCCUGAUUGUGUAAUGAAUGUAAACCCCAUGACAUUGUUUAUCAACAUGUCAUUUUAGCUUAAAAUUAUUUGAAUCAUUCUUGUGAUAACUUGCACCAUAUUGUUUCACUAGUUUACAUUGUAGGUUCUUUAUAUAUAUAUUAGCCAGUUUUUAAUUAAUAUUAUUUUGAUUAAAACUUUUAUCAUUGCUCAUGCUUUAAUAUAAAAACUUUUAUGUUUUGUAUUUUUUGUAAUAUGCCAUUUUUUUCUCUUAAUAAAGUCAGGUGUUUUUUCCCUGUAA